CGGAAACGGCCCGGGGCUGAGCAGGAGUCAGAUCCCGGGAUGGAGGGAGCCGGAGAAGAGGAGUGAGGAGGCCGGGGAGGCAGGCCCUGCUGCCCUCCUGCAGGCCGGCAGCCUGCUGUGGCAGUGCAGGACCAGGCCGCCCACAAAGGGAAGGGGUCAGGAGGUCGGGCCUCGGCCUUAGCAGGCUCAGACCAGGCCCCAGAAGGCAGCAGCAGGAGUUCAGGGCCCAGGCCUGGCUCAGGUUGUCCAAAGGGAACCUCAAGCAGGCCUCCCAGGCCCCUGGUGGGGAAACUGAGCUGGAGACAGGCCUGAGGGCCCGGCCCAGACGCCUGUGUGUCAAGUUAGGCAGAGCCGGCUAAGGCCCUAGGGGGUGUCAGAGACUAAUGUGGUAGGGGGCUUCAGGGCCUCCCAGUCCAGAGCCGGAUUGGCGAGUUAGACGCUUGUAGAUCCAGGGUUGGAUUGGGGAGGGGUCUCUGGGAAGUUGGCUAGCAACGCAAGGAUUGGGGGGAUUUAAGUGCUUAGAGAUCGAAGGCAGGUCUUGGGUAGGGGGAGUCAGACAAUCGGAAAGCCUAGGUGGUUAUUUGGGGAGGGGUCUUUGCACUUAGACGAAGCGCAGAGCAGCGGCUGCUCAGCUGAAGGCCUGAGGCCUCGUCCAGAGAAGCUCCUGUGAAGGGUGGGCUAGACUAGGCCAGGCCAAGAGAAAGAAAGUGAAUAAAUCUGGAAUCGAAGUGGGCGGGGGGCCCCUGAGCGGGGGUCACAAAGGGUGAGACAUGGCCACCAGGCGUUUAACGGACGCUUUCUUGUUGUUGCGGAAUAAUUCCAUCCAAAACCGGCAGCUGUUAGCCGAGCAACCAGAGCAAGUCAAAUGCAUGUUCACAAGUAUGCCCAAGGAAAUUAAGAAGUGGUGCAUGAAGAGAGAGGAAAACCAUUCCAUACCCUAGCAGUAUCAGAAGCAAGUUUGUAACACAGCUUGCUGAUGAUCGCAUGGCUCUGGUGUCGGGCAUUAGCUUAGACCCAGAAGCAGCAAUUGGCGUGACAAAGCGGUUACCUCCUAAAUGGGUGGAUGGAGUGGAUGAAAUACAGUACGAUGUUGGCCGGAUUAAACAGAAGAUGAAGGAGUUAGCCAGCCUUCAUGACCAGCACUUAAACAGACCCACCCUGGAUGACAGCCUCGAGCAGGAGCAUGCCAUCGAAAUAACCACCCAAGAGAUCACGCAGCUCUUCCACAGGUGCCAGCGUGCGGUGCAGGCGCUGCCCAGCCAGGCCCGCAGGGCCUGCUCGGAGCAGGAAGAGCGGCUGCUUCGCAACGUGGCGGGCUCCCUGGCGCAGACUCUGCAGGAGCUGUCCGCCCGCUUCCGGCGCGCGCAGUCGGGCUACCUCAAGCGCCUGAAGAAUCGAGAGGAAAGAUCCCAGCAUUUUUUUGAUACAUCAGUACCACUGAUGGACGAUGGAGACGAUAAUACUCUUUAUGAUCGGGGUUUCACAGAUGACCAGUUGGCGCUGGUGGGGCAGAGCACGCUGAUGGUGGACGCGCGGGAGCGGGAGGUUGGCCGCAUCGUGCAGUCUAUUUGCGACCUAAACGAGAUAUUUAGGGACCUAGGGGCCAUGAUUGCAGAACAGGGUACCGUCCUUGAUAGAAUCGACUAUAAUGUUGAACAGUCCUGUAUCAAAACUGAAGAUGGCUUGAAACAGCUUCACAAGGCAGAGCAGUAUCAAAAGAAGAAUCGGAAGAUGCUUGUGAUUUUAAUAUUAUUUGUCAUCAUCAUUGUCCUCAUUGUUGUCCUCGUCGGCGUGAAGUCGCACUGAGCAGCGUGGGGUCGGUGUGUGAGGCCCGCGUGGACCCGGGUGCGCGCGCCCGGCGCCCGCGGGUUCCUGCGGAGGCGCGGCCCCGGGCCCGUCGGGGCCACGAGCGUUUCCAUGGACUCGGCCGCACAGUCGUGCUCACGCGAGGGGAAGGGGCUUCUGGUUUUCCUUCACUGUCAACACUUGAAGGACCUUGGAUACUGCUGCAGAUUAGAGAUGAGUUCUCUCUUCAGUUAUAAUAUAUUUUUUUUUUGGAAAGAGAAAACGAGUUGAAGGUUCACAGGCCUCCUCACGCUGUUCAAUAUAUUAUAUCUGUAUGUGCUAUUUUUUUUAGCAGUCACGUCUGAGCAGCAUGUUAAAAUAAUUUUUGGAAAAAUUUUUUUUAAACCAUCUGGUUUUUAAGAAAUUUGGUACCAAAAAUUUAUGAGUAAAGGCAAAAAUGCCUCUUCAUUUUUCUCUAUAUAUUUUCCAGUUGAAAACAAACUGAGAAGUCCUUUAAGAAUUUAUAAUCCAUUCCCCAUUAACUUAAUUUAGCUUUUCCAUCACUGUUAAUGAUCAGAGUAACAAAGUGUGAAAAAUAAGAAACCAUCAUUGAUGUUGAUUAACACAUUUAGAUGGGCCAGUUAAAACAGCUUUAUAUGUUUAAAUUAAUUGUAAAUGGAGUAUUCCUCAUCUAAAAUUUGUGCACUGCAUGUUCUCCUGUAACCAAAAGGGGUUACUAAGCAAAACCGCCUAAAUUUAAAAGUUGGUGAUUUGAAAUAACCUCACAUUGAGAGGAAGCCCGGUAGUGUUGUGAAAGUCGCCAGAAGCAGCCGGUGUGUCCCUGUGCUCGUCCCCAGCCAUCCUUGCUCAAUGCACUGCUUAUGUACUCACUACUUAAUGACCUGUUCAAACCAGACACCAUUUAAUGAACUGUGAAUUUACACAGAGGCCAUUCUAAAUGGGUCACCCCAUAUAGGAUUAGUGGGUCUCAAAUUAUUAACCACACAUCACUCCAUUUCAAAGUAAAAUAUUCCACCAGUGGUUUGAUUUAUUGGCCCUUCCAUUGCCACUUACCAUGCCCAGAAAGUGGGCCUAUUCUUGCAAUUUGUGAAAAUCUUGCCUAGAAAAGCCCCUCGUUUGUGUGCGCGUGAAUCAGAUCGCCAACGUAGGACUUCGUUGUUUACUUACCUAUUAUCAAUAUGGUGCUUGAAUAUAUCCCUGGACCUGUGGAAUAAUGUGGAAAGUGAUGAUAACUUUGAAAACUGAAGUUGUUCAUGUUUUAAUGGGUCUUGAGACACCAGUAUUGUUUUAAUGGUCUUUGCAUCAUUUUCAAUGGCUUUCCAUGAUUUUUACCUUUCUUAAAAUGUUUUAAAAGAGCAUGAUCUCAUUAAAUGUGCUGCCGUUUAUUUGGACCAGUCACAUAAAAUGUCUCUCUAGGAUUGACUUUGAAGUUAUUUCCAGAAAUUGAAACUCAAGUCCCGAGAUUCAAGUUGUCCAAACAGAUCAUGGGCUUAAAACCCAGACCCCUGCCCCAGCCUUCCCUUCCCAAGUGGUUUACGAUGCCAGGCGGUCACUGGUUUUCUUAUUACUGAUGUGGCUGUAGGAAGAUCUAAAGGUGCCCCUGGCAUUUCAGGAAAUAGCACGGCAUUCCCUGACAGUUAUUUAUUGGGAAAGAAGGUCAGGGGAUAAGAGGCCAGCCCCUCCUCGAUCGCCCCUGAAACGGGGGGCUUCUGCGGUCCUCGAGAGUAGCUGUAGGCGUCUUUCGUCUCAACGGUUUUGACCUCAUGGAGUCAAGCUGCUGCUAGGAGUGGGGCUGUCGAGAUGAGGGGCUUCCCUCCCAGACAGUCUGCGAUGGUGAUAUGGGUUACUGCUGAAGCUUUUCAAGUUUGAAGGAAAGUGACCCAUUAAGAAAGGAUCACUGUUCAUUUGUAUGUAUUUUCAGUGAAUAGGGUGACUAGAGUUGGGUUUUUUACCCAACUCAUUUGGGUAAAAGUAUGAAUCUGACUAGGAAUGGUUUGAAGGCUCCUGUGUGGGGUCCGGGCAGCUGACCGGAUCCAGUGCAGUGCCAGCUAAAGCCCAGCCGUCCGCUGCCGCCACUGUGGCCCAAGGUGGGGAAGUGGCCCUGAGCCACGCACCGCAAAGCACUGUCCUGCUCUGCUGAGCCUUCACUUGCGGAAAGCGCGGCAGCGUUGCGGGUAGCAGGUUAGUACUCAGCAUCCCGGCACCUGAGGGUCCUUCUCGCCCUCCUUUUCCUGCCGGCAGCUCCGGUGGCGGUGAUGGCCUAACCAGUUUCUCCCCUCGCCUGGAGUGCGCCCCGAGAAGAGGACCCACAGGGAGGGCUCCCCUGGGCGCAGCCCAGACCCCUGCCCCCUGUAACGUGCCCUGGGUGGCUCUGUUGACCAGGGCUGGAGAGGGGAAACGUAGACAUUGACUGGUAGUUCCCCAAAGCUCCUGAUCUUUCCCGGGAGAUCGUAACUGAAAGCUGCUGUCUCUUGUUUUAUUAAUUUGGGGUUGCGGGGAGGUGCUGGCUCGCCCACCAUGGGUGUGAAGCCGCAUACGUCUCUAAUUUAACGAAUUUACUGCGUUCUCUGCUAACUGAGAAAGCAUUAUUUAUUUGUUUUGACACAAGCGCUUUCAGUGUUUUAUCCUGGCUAAUGGCUUCUUAAAGGUAACAAAACCCUUCCAACCUAAUUGGUCAGAUAAGACUUUUUUUCUUGUGUGCUUAAAUAAAGCAAUUAGUGAAGCGCUUCUAUCUAAAAUGACUUUUUUUGUCCUUUUUUUAAAACUAAUUUACUGUUACUGGAAACUUUUUGUACAAUAAAGCAGUCGUGCAGAUUAAAGAA